UCGUGCUAACUUGCUUUCACCUCAUUUGUCACUUACUGUCAUCCAAAGCCUACAAAACUAACAUCGGUCAUUUUCAAAUUUGGGGCCGGUGUUUUGGCUUUAUGUUUGGCUGUAGUAUCUCUGAUAGCGGUGUAACCUGACUAUGGAAGGGCAUGGGACCCGUGAGGGACGCGGCAGGAGCGCUACUAGUCAAGAUAACCAAGUUACAGCUGUUGAUGCACUUGCAGGUGCUCUCGUUAAUGUUGUGAGGCAGUCUUUAAGGUCAGGAAUGGAACCAUCAACAAGUCAAGAAGCUACUAGACCAGUCACAGAAUUCCAAAGAGCUGCGAAGAGACCAAAACUAUCUCCCCCAUCAUUGUUUAAUUCCCGCCAGGUUCACCCUUAUCAAUCAAGGAAAAGAAAGGAAACCGCUAGGUCCACUCCCAAAGUAACUAACUAUGUUCGAGAUAUCAUACUGUUACCUGAUGAGUUUGAGAAUGAAACUGGUAGUGUUUGUAUCCCACGAUCAAACAAUAGAGAAAUGCUUGGAAAAGCUGGUCUUGUUGGUAAAAUUGAACUUAGUUCAGAUAAGACAGAAGAUGAAGUAAGAACAGAAAUAUGUGAGCUAUUUGCUGUACCGAUGGGCCUAACUACUGAUAAUAUUAAAGACGGCAUCCGUUUUAAGUUUCAUUAUUUACAACGAGCUGGGUGCAACACAAGAUCAUUAUGUAAACCUACUGUGAAAGACACAUUUCAAUGGAAUGGAAAGCAAGUGGCGUCAUUGGCAAAAUCUGGUUCUUUCAUUUAUUUGUUGGCAGCUGAGCACCUUCCUGGUUGGACCAGAUUUGCGGAGAAAGAUGAAAUGGUAAAUGAGGAGGCCCAUGAAAUGAUAGAUAGUGAUUCAGAUGAUUUACCUAGACUUCCUGAAAGUUUUUUUAGUACACAUUCAUCACCAAGUCAAAGAAGUAAUGAUCAUGACAUUAUCAUAAUUGGUAGUACACCUGCCUCAGCACCACAAACACCAUCAACAGAUCAUCCAGCAUUUGAUGCCACUGAUACAUCUAGCCCUCAACCUUACACAAUUGAAUCUUCCGUCAGUUGCGAGCUAGGUACAAGUAGCAGUGGAUCAAACUCGACCGUGGCUGAUCUUGUAGCAAUGUUUGAUGGAGUACUCACUGAGCAGCAAGUGGCUGUCAUUUACCAGUUUUCAGGCUGUAAUCGCAUAUCAGCUUCAUCUUGCUUAUUGGAAGGUCCUCUUUUGUCUUCAAUUAUCAAUAUGUGCAAGCAGUAUUUUUCAGGCUUGCCAACCAAGAAACUGUUUGUAGAUUCAGAAAGUUAUUGGGAAGAUAUGGUAGCAGAGUACAAAGGGCAAGCGAAUAGUUUUUUCAAGCUCAGAAUAUCAAUAGUUAACCAGCCUGCCAUAGAUACAGGAGGUGUGCGUAGGCAAAUUUACACAAGUGUCUUCGAGUCAUUUGCUUCAAAUAAAUAUAUCCAUCUCUUUGAUGGGCCUUUAAAUUAUCUAAGACCCUCCUGCUCAGCUGAAGCUAAACUAUCUGGUUUGCUGAAAGUAUUGGGAUCAAUGAUUUCACACAGUUUUUGUCAAGAUGGUUUGGGCUUUCCAUACUUAUCACCCCUUUGCUAUUGGUACAUAGUUGGAGGAGAGGAAAAGGCAUUAGAAUACAGUUCUGUUGAUGAUAUACCAGCUGAUGCAGCUCAAGUCAUAACUUUGAUGAAUCAAUGUGUUUGUAAUGAAGAUUUAAGCAAUUUGAUGAGCAACGAGGUAGUGCAAGAUGUUUUCCAGCGAUGUAGUAUUACUCAAGUAUUGAAGAUGUCAAAUAAAGAUGUUAUUGCACAGUGUAUCAUUACUUAUGAAGCUGUUGAACGGAUUUCUAAAUCCCUUGAUCAGUUAUGUGAAGGAUUGAGUAACUUGGGCCUUUCAGAUGUUAUUCGUGCUUUUCCUCAUUUAUUUCUCAGUAUUUUUGUGUUCAGUGGUACAGUGACUUCACAAGAUGUUAUAGAUGCUGUGUACAUGCCAGACCCAGUAAAUAAAACAAUAUUGGCUCAUUUGAAACGAUAUAUUGUAUCUUUAUCGGAAGAUGAAUUGAAGAUGUUUUUAGUCCAUGCUACUGGAUCCACUUAUCCAAUAAAUAGGUCCAUUAGAGUAGAAGUAAAUGAGGAUAAUCGCUUCUCUUGUCAUACCUGCGCCAAGAUGUUAUCAGUCCCUCAAAGUUAUGACGAUUCUGAGGAUGGAUAUCUACAAUUUUCAGAAAAUUUUUCUGCUGUCAUAACAGACACAUCAUUUAAUACUGUAUAACUCAUAUUCUGGUAUAUACCACAAUUAUAAUCAUUUUUGGUGUAUACUGGGCAUUAUUAUCACUUUUGAUUUUGGUUCUUUUCAGUUGUUAAAAUUAAUUGUAAUUCAAAUUCA